AUGCGGCAACUCGGUCGCAGCUGCACAUUCGAUCCACUAUCCGACCUGUGGCUCCCUCAAGAAUGCACUCGGGCAUACAACGAAGAAUACGUCAACUUCAAAGACAGUGCUCCUUGGCGUUAUUGGGCCGACGAGGAAGGAAACUUUGAGAUCUUCAAUCGGUCCUCCAACGUGGACGGACAACACUAUUGGUCAACGGAAGAAGAACACAUUGUCCACUGCGCAUUUAUGAUUCUGAGGUUCGCAGACACGCUAGAUACUGGAGUCGGAUUUGGCCUCGAUGGCAGGAAAACACUUACGGAACAUAUGUCACACUGCACAAAAGCCUUAUUGAGUGCCGCCCUGACCGGUAAUGAUCUGCAUUUCAGAAACACUGAGCCAAAGUCUGGUAUUGGCCGCUGUUGA